AUGGACAAUUUGCAGGCUUCUCUUCAAGAUGCCUUUGAGGGUCAAAUUGACUUUCACGGCCAGCGCCUUGCUGAGAUCCUCUCUACCGUGCUUCUAAUUAUAUCGGGUGCUGUCGCAUUCCUCGUCGGAUUCAUCCAGAAGGACAUCUACCUGACUCUAUGGAUCGGCCUCGCCGGCACCGCUUUUACCGCCCUCGUCGUUAUCCCGCCCUGGUCGUUUUAUAAUCAGAAUCCGCAGCCCUGGCUGGGCUCAGCUGCUGCUGCCAAGGGUGGGGCGUGCCGGAAUAUUCCUGGGAUUAUUGUCGAUGGAGUCAAGGUGGGAUGA